AUGGAAAAUCUACAAGAACACAAUAAAGAGGCUGCGCUAUAGCCUUAAUCAUUUGAAGAUUUUAUUGCAUUUCACGGAAUAUAACUCUAUGCUGUCAACUUCCCCAGAAAUUUAGAGCACAAGUUAUUCGAUAAACUCUAAAGUUAGAACUUUGAUAUUGGAUAUAAGGUUAAGAUCAUGGUAGAUGAGGAACAAGAAAAGAUUGAACUUAUUGCUUAGGAAGGUGGUCUAAAGGCUAACGAAGAUGUUUACUUAGUUGACCAUGCUUGGACCUUCAAAUACAGAGAUGGUGAGAAGACACUAAGAGAAAAUGAUUAGCUACUGUAAAGAUUAUUGCAAAGUAUAGGAAGGUAUUCUGAGAAACAAGAUCUUCCUCAUAAUCCAUAUUAGAAAAAGAGACCAACCUUCUAAGAAUUGAUUGGCACCUUUGAUGAAAAUACAAAAGUAUAUGACCUAGAUGAUUAUGGAAUAGUCAAAAUAGAUUUGAUUGGCUUUAGUCAAAAGACUGAGGAAAUAUCUCUUUUUAACAAUAAGAUUGAUAAUCCAGGCCAGAUCACAGCUUUCUUGGUUCCACUUCCUCAUCUUAAGGCCUUAUGGCUGAAUAAUAACCCAGUGGUAGAAAGUUGUGUGAACUUUAACUAUAUUGGAGAGAUGAUGCCAGAAUUGGAGAUCUUGAAUAGCAGGUUCACCAGUAAAGCAGGCAAAUGGGCAUUAUUAUACUAUGCAAGAGAUCAAUAAGUUCAGGAAUUAAGUCAAAUAAAAGAAUUAGAUUUGACUGGAAAAGGAGUCCUUCACAUGAAAGACAUCUCCUUUUUCGAUGAAAUGACUUCUCUGACUACAAUCAAUUUGAGUGAUCACCCAGAGUUCUUUAUGACAGAAUAAGAAAUUGAGGAACAUUAGAACAUUCAAAGGGAGGGUGCUUAGCAUGAAACUGGAACAGUAGAAUUUAUCUAGAAACUUCAUGAAGUUGAUGAUCUCCUUCAUAAACUUAAGCAUAUCAAAAAAUUAAUUUGUGAUGAGUCAUUAGAGAAUUAUAUCCUUCAAAAUAGACAAGAGAAAGUAUUUUUACCAAGUCUUCUUGAAAUAAAUAGAGUAGGCAUCAAGAUUUUAGAUCAAUCAUAAAGAGAUAAAGAGAAGAACAUUAGAAAAGUCAUGGAUAAAAUUUGGAUGUACCUUGGCACCUAUAGAGUUGUUAAGGAAGAUCAGAUGGAUGAGGAAAAUAUUUGGUAUCUAAUGGACGAAGUAGGCACAGCCAUUAAGCAUAGUGAUCAACCUAAUCUUGCUAUACAUCCAUUUAUUUAUUCACCAAACGGAAAGUUAGAUGAGCACACUAUCACAUACUCAAUUUGCUGGCCUAACUAAGACAUCAAUGAGGGUGACGUUAUUUAUAGAGAUUUCUUAAAGGGCAUUGAUGAAUCAAAAUUCAGAUCAGCCAGACUUUCAGUUUGGUUUAACACUCCAGAGGAAUAUUUCUAAGAACAAAUCAAGAUCUAUAGAUCAAUCAAACCUGAGUUUGAUGCUGAAGAGAGACAUAAGUAUUAUCAAAACAAGUAUGAGCCAGUAGAUUCAAUCCUUAAUGUUUGCAAAACUGAUUUGCCUAUUAUUGUGUAUACUGACUACAUUUAAAUUCAAGAUCACCUUACUGAUCCAAGAUUCAAAUUGACUGAGGAUCCGUUUGCUUCUCAAGUAGCUUGGAUUACUGUUGACUAUUAUGUUGUUUUAAGACAAAAAUUGAAUCUUAACGAGGAUAUCAAAUUCUUUAAUUAGUUCCAAUUCGAAGGAUCUUUAGUGAUGAAAAAUCAUUUGGCAACACUUGUAAAGACUACCCUUAACGAAGAGGAUUAAAAUAUAAUUCAAGAGACUUUCAUAUUAAACGAUUUCCUUCCAGCAUUUAUGGGCAGAUACCUUGAGAAGAAGAAGUUGGCUGAAGAUAACUCAUGGAUUCUUAAACCAACAAACAUGGCCAGAUCUAUGGAUACCUGGGUGACAUCAAAUUUAGAUUUAAUUGUCAGAAUGGUUGAGACUGGACCAAAGAUUGCUCAAAAGUAUAUAAACAACACCUGUCUAUUUAAGGGAAAGAAAUUUGAUAUGAGAUUCGUUGUGGUUCUUAAGUCAGUUCUUCCUCUAGAAGUAUAUGUUUACGAUGAAUUCUAUACAAGACACUCUAAUAAUAGCUACGAAGUGACUGAAAGUUCAUUCUCAGACUAUGAAACUCACUUUACUGUUAUGAACUACAAAGAGGGUGUAACUAUCACAAACGUUAGAUACUUCGAUUUCGAGAAAGAAUUCAACUAGGAGUAUGAGGGUGUGAUUACCUUUGAUAUCAUAAAGCAAAGAAUUCAUUAAGCAAUUAAAAAGUUAUUUAUUGCUUUCCAAGUUAAACAUGGCAAAGAAUUUGAAGAUCUAGGGGAGCAAACUAGAAGAUGUAGAUCUAUUUAUGGAAUCGAUGUGAUGAUUAAUGAUAAAUUUGAGCCUAAGAUCUUAGAGGCUACAUUCUCACCAGAUUGCAAGAGAGCUUGCAGAUUUAACCCAGAUUUCUUCAAUGAGAUAUUCAGUUGUCUAUUCCUCAAUGAGACCAAGAAUAUGACUAAGAUCUGA